AUGUCUGGCAAAAAGAACAAGGCUAGCAGUAAGCCUUCUUCUUCUUCAGCAACACCUGCUUCCAAUAAAAAACCCAACAAUAAUGGUAAACGAGGCAUUGUCAAAAACGGAAACGCCGGUGGUAAGCGUGAUGAUGAUGAUCAACAGCCAGCCCCUCAACGUUCCAUCUUUGGCAUGUGGACGGGCAAAACACCCGUUUCUUUGCUCCACGAACAUUGUCAAAAAGCAGGUUGGGAGAAGCCUGAAUUCGACAUCAAACGACGUAAAGAUGGUUAUCUGGGCACAGUGACGCUCAGUAUGCGCAACAAAAAGACAGCUCAAAUGCAGACCGUUGCCUUUACGCCACCUGAUGAAUUACACCUACCUACAUCUAUAGAAGCUAAACAUCUGGCAGCUACUUAUGCUUUACAUAGAGUCAAGUCGCACAUGCCUCUGCACCGUGUGCUACCACCAGAGCAUAGAGAUUACUGGCGUCAAUUUGAUGCAGCAAAAACUGCGGCAAAUGCAUGGCAGUACGAUCCAGAUCCCUUCAAUGCGCAUGCACCUAUAUCAGCACCUAGACGUAAUAGACAAUUACCCACCAAAGAGCAUGCUGCUUCAGCUGUACCCAUGCCAACAGUAGCCAAAAUGGAUCAAGCGAGACAAAAGGAGCCAGAGAUGGACGAUAAAAUGCUCAAAUAUUGGCAGAGUCUCCCUUCUGUUCAGAUGGGGUCAGAAAAUCGAGAAUUAGUGGAACGAGUCGUCAAGAGAUCAAAGAUUGCCUAUCAGCCAUUGCCUAGAAAACACACCAAAGAGGAACGCAAACAGUUGGUGACUGAGUUGGUCAAUAUGGGAUUUCGAUCUGCUCAUGCUCAUGAAGCACUGGAUUAUUCAGUUGAUAAAACGAGUGCAUUGGAUUGGUUGUGUCUCCAUGUCCCUGAAGAUGAUUUGCCUGCAAAUUUCAUGCUCGCCAAUUACAAUCCCACCAUGACAACUAUAUCACACACUACACAAUCGCUAGGCAGAGAUUGGCUACUGAAGCGUAUGAGUAGUAUUGGAUAUCCCGAAAGCAUCUGUGAAGAAGCCCUGACCUUGGCCAACGAGGACGACUCAAAAGCUAUUGAAAUGCUGCAAUGGAGGUUAGCUCAUGGCGAUGAGGAAUUGCCUGUGGUAGAUCCCGAACUGAUCGACAUGGAUGAGCUCAAUCAAUCUCGACUCGACGAAAUUACAGCACUCGAAUCCAUCUACGAAGCCUCUCGAUUCCAAAAGGAAACAGACAAAGAUGGCCGCAAGGUAUACAGCAUCCCCUUCAGCGCCAAAACAGAUCCUCAGCAGAAAGUGCGUCAAAAACUGGUCUUGCAAAUCAUUAUUCCCAAAGGGUCGUAUUAUCCCUUCCAAUUACCACUGUUUGUCAUUGAAUGCGAAGGACUGCCCAGCUACAUGAAACUGGCCUUAAUCAAGGGACUGAUAGAGGAAGCCGAGAUAAAUUUUGGCAUGCCCUUCAUCUACAUGUGUGCCGAAUGGCUGCAGGAACAUUUAGAUUUUAUGAUUGCCAAUCCACCCAAAUUGCGUGACAUGUCAGAACGUCUCAGCAGCUUUGAGAUGUUAAAGGAUGCAGUGCCCAAACGAAAGGCCAACAAUCAUCAAAAACGACAUCGCAUACACGCCUUGAAGCCAGAUGCUGUUGUCUCUCAAAAGCUGAAAGAAGCCCUUGUGGCGCUGCAUGACUCACCAAAAUAUGUGUCCAUGGGGUUAGUGCGAUCCAAUCUGCCUGCGCAUGGCUUCAAGUCCACUGUUGUCAAGACCGUCUUGGGUCAUCAAGUCACCAUUGUCAGUGGUGAGACAGGUUGUGGUAAGACGACGCAAGUGCCUCAAUUCAUUAUAGACGAGGAAAUCAUGCAGGGUCGUGGAUCUACUUGCAAUAUCAUUUGUACACAACCAAGAAAGAUCUCUGCUAUUGGUGUUGCCGAACGUGUGGCCUCUGAACGCUGUGAAAAGAUUGGCCAAACUGUUGGUUAUGCUGUUCGUGGUGAGACCAAGGUGUCCUCUGACACGCGCCUUCAGUUUGUCACAACCGGUGUCUUGCUGCGUCGUUUGCAAAGUGACCCCACGCUGGACGGUGUCAGUCAUGUCAUGAUUGAUGAAGUACACGAACGAUCUGUGGACAGUGAUUUUUUGCUGAUCAUUCUGCGAGAAGUGCUCAAGAAGAGAAAGGAUUUGAAGGUGGUGCUCAUGUCUGCCACCAUCAACCAAGAGCUAUUUAGCAGCUAUUUCAAUGGUGCGCCUGCUAUCGAAAUCCCUGGCUUUACUCACCCUGUGGAAGAUUUUUAUUUGGAAGACAUUUUGGAAAUGACAUCGUAUGUAUCUCAUAUGCCCAUGGUGAAGAACCCAAAGAAGGGUGAGGAAGACGAAACAGCUAGUGGGAGUCAUCUUCCCAAGGGCGAAUGGGCACAGUGGCAAAUUCCGUACCUGGAGAAAGGAUUCAGAGAGCACACUGUGCGUACUUUGGCUCGUUAUCGCAACCAAGACAAGAUCGAUUAUGAUCUGGUAGCCAGUGCCGUCAAGUACAUUGUCGACAACGAAACUGUCAAGAUUGAAGGUGGAUCAGAGCCUGCUAUCCUUAUCUUUAUGCCUGGUGCCAUGGAAAUUAAACGCUGUGUGGAAGCCAUAGAAGACAGGCUGGGCAACCGAUCUGAAUUUGAGAUUUUGCCCCUUCAUGCCAAUCUCUCGCCUCAGGAACAAACGCGCGUCUUCAAGACGGUGCCUGCUCAUGUGCGCAAGAUUGUGGUAGCUACCAACGUGGCAGAAACAUCCAUUACGAUUGAAGGUGUCGUCUAUGUCAUUGAUUCGGGUCGCGUCAAGGAGACGCAGUUCGCAGCAGCCAACAACAUGAUGCAUUUGGUUGAAACGUGGGCAUCGCGUGCUUCAUGUAAACAACGUCGUGGUCGAGCAGGUCGUACAAGACCAGGCAAAUGCUUCAAAUUAUUUACACGUGAAACGGAUCAAAACAAAAUGCGUGCGCAACAAGUACCUGAGCUUCUGAGAACGCCCUUGGAACAACUGUGUCUCACCGUCAAGGCGAUGGGUGAACACGACGUGCGCAAGUUCCUUCAGCGAGCUAUUGAUCCGCCCUCGGUGGCUGCCAUGGAUAGCGCUAUUCGGUCACUAAGAGAGGUAGAAGCCAUUGAACUGACUGAAAGGGGAGAUUUAACUGCACUGGGUAAACACAUGGCAAACAUCCCUGCUGAUUUACGCAUUAGUAAAAUGUUGUUGUUUGGGUCUGUGUUUGGGUGUCUGGAUCCUAUCCUCACCAUUGCAUCGAUCAUGUCACUCAAGAGUCCAUUUACCUCGCCUAUGGAAAAGAGAGCGGAGGCGAGACAAGCACGAGAAAAGUUCAACUUUAGUAAAAGCGAUUGGCUGACAGAUAUGAAGGCAUAUGAAGCAUGGUACGAAAUCAUCAAGUCAAAGGGCAUGAGGGCUGCUCGCACUUUUUGCGAAGAACACUUCCUGUCGUUUGCUACAUUGAACGAAGUGCAGAAUCUUCGAAGACAGUACUUGGAUGCAUUAUCAGACAUUGGAUUCUACAAGAAAUCCAACCACGACGACUACAACCAAAAUGUGGAUAAUGUCAACCUGCUAAAGUCCAUUCUAUUUGCUGGCCUCAAUCCAAAUGUCGCCAAGAUCCGAUUACCUGAUACGAAGUACGACAAGAUUCUCAGUGGCACAGUAGAAAGGGAAAAGGAAGCCCGAGAGAUCAAAUACUACACAAAAGACGAUGGCCGAGUGUUUUUGCAUCCAUCCUCCUUACUGUUCGACAACAACAGUUACAAUUCAUCAUUUUUGACCUAUUUCUCUCGAAUGACCACCAGCAAGACAUUCAUUCGAGACGGAACGGAAGUGCCAUCUUACGGCAUUUUGCUUUUUGGCGGGAAAAUUGAUGUAGAUCAUCUUGGAAGAGGAUUGCAAGUAGGCGAAGAUGGUUGGAUCAAGUUUAAAUCCUGGGCUCGUAUUGGUGUGUUGGUGAAUCAACUCAAGCGAUUACUGCAAUUAGAGCUAGAAUUCAAGAUUGAGCAACCAGAUUUAGAUGUCUCGCACAGUGGCGUAGUCAGCGCCAUCCUAUCUCUUGUUACAAAUGAUGGCGUGUAA